AUGAUGAGUCCACCCGGGUUGGCGCGAUUCGUUAUUCGCAAUGUCGCGAAUGACCUCGAGUCGGUGCCUGCGACUUUCUCAAGCUGGGAUAAAUGCAUGACCAAGGCCUAUUGCAAGUGGCCUGUGAUCGCCGGAAUCAUCAUCGGCGCCGUGAUUCUCAUCUCGGUCAUUGGCUGCAUUGUCAAUUGUCUUUGCUGCGGCUAUCAAUGCUGCAAAUGCUGUUGUGGUUGCUGCUGUCCCUCGGGACGGCGCAGAGAGAAGCAACCAAAACACUACAAUGAGCCGGCCCCGUACCAACCACCGCCUCCACAGAAUCCCCAUACCGCGUAUCAGCCUCCUUCGGCACCCCCGAUCUAUCGUGGCGCCAGUCAGACGGCUACAUUCGACUCAGGUUCGAAGUCGCCGGCGGUCAAUGAAGAUGCUCUUCCCGCCAUGCCCACAUGGGCCGCCGCAGUAGAGAAACAUGUCGAGGACAAGAGUCAUCACGACGAAAUGGAGCUGGAACCUUUGAACCCAUCGCAUAAUAUCCCAAACAGAAGCCGGGGCGCUUCUCCAUUACACACCCGUCAUUCGUCCUCCGACGUGCUGCCAGAUCGUUCGAGAUCCAAUGCAGGAUACGCCGGUAUCCCAUCCGCUGACCCUUAUGCGCGACCAUCUCCUGGUUCAACCACUGCAUUAUCCCCUCUCCAGGAUCCCUAUGGCUGCCGUUCGCCUGGAAAUGGCAUGCCGGGUACCCCGCGGGGCGCUGAUUCUUAUGCGCGGACAUCACCAGGUCCCCAACCGACGAUAGAUUUAUAUAGCCGCCAAUCGCCGGGUCCACCAGCAGCGUACGGUCCUGCCCAGGAUCCCUACGCGCGUCGCUCGUCGGGAGUGACAUCGCCUCUAAAUGGCAAUUCUUCCUCGUACUUGUACAACAACCCUACUCAACAAGACCGCCGCCAACAGGGCUACAAUCGGCAGAGCUACGGCCAAGACAGCUACAACCACCAAUACUACAACAAUCGUCAUCAGCAGCCAUAUGACGAUUACAAUCAAAACACCACUUACCAGGGCGCUGGCUCCAGCACACCCGUAUCGACAUACCCUACCCAAUCUUCAACCCAUCCUACAGCAUCCCGCUUCGCCCAAUCCCCAGACCCGGCGCACCCUGAUCCGGUGAUGGGUGACUUCCACCGCCAGCCCUCGUUCGGAUCGAGCCAGUAUCCACCGACGUAUACCUCUCACGCGGCCUCACCCCCUCCGCCCUUCCAAUCUACGGCCCCAUCAGAAUACGGCUUCGCAGUAACCGAGCCCUCGAGAGAAAGACCACCAAGUCUUCUACAAAGCGGGAGAAAGCCUGUCCCGAACACGUACCGAAAUGUAUGA